AUGGCAUCCUUAGCGACAAAUGACGGGGAUGCGGCUGAGAACAAUGCUGCUUUCGAUAUUGUCCAGCACGGCCACAAGGAUCUCGUUCAGGCCGUCGCCUUCAACGCGUACGGUGACAGAUGUGCCACCGGCAGUGUCGACGGCAAGAUUCGCGUCUUCAAUCGGCAUCAGGACGGCAUCUGGCGCCUCUGCGACAAUUGGAAAGCCCAUGCUGGCGAAAUACUAGAGCUGCAAUGGCUGCCGCCGACGAUCUAUCCGAACCUCUUGGCUUCGCUCGGGAUCGAGGGCCGCUUCCAGCUCUGGGCUGAGGACCCUUCUGCUCCCCCGGGGAGGCGCUUCAGCAUGAGAGAUGGGAACGGAAAACCCGUCUCCGAGGUCCGGUCUAGCCGCUACCCCUUCAGGUCCUUCUCGGUUAAGCAUGACGAGGUGACGAGGUGCACUUACGUUGCCCUCCUCGCCUCCGACGGCCACCUUACGGUAUACGAAGGCGAAGUGCCCGAGGCGUUGACCGAUUACGCCAAGUUCGACGACUUUCAGGCCUUCGCCAAGCCGAAUCGUGGCGAGGAAACGUGCUUCAAGGUUCGCUUCGACCCUAAUCCCGAGCCCUGCUACACCGCCUUGCGAGCUGGCUUGCCGUCGGAUGCGUUAAGCCUGGUGGUAUCGGGGUUGACGGCGGUGAAAAUCUUCCGGACGCGCGAUAUCGUUACUAGUUCCUUCGGUACCGCGACUAGGAGUAGGGAAUUUUACUUGGCCCUCGAGAUCACGGAGCAUGCUCACCUCGUUCGCGAUGUCGCCUGGGCCCCUGGGAACUAUAGAGGCUAUGAGAUGAUCGCCACUGCGUGCCAGGACGGGUUUGUGAGGGUGUUUCGAAUCGACACGCCCUUCUCCAAAGAUGACGGCAAAACCUGGUCUCCGGCGGAUAUCCUAGGGAGUACGAGGGGUGACGAGAGCACCGCUCCUCGAAAUCCCCCAUCUCGCAGACAGUCGCAGGCACCCUCCGGCAUAAGGGCCGAGAUUGACAAGUCUGGGACGCACGGAGAACGGCUCUUGACCGACCAACCGGGGCAAAUUCGGCAUACUGUGAAGGUUCUCUCCAAGCUCAGCGCCCACCGGUCGCCCGUCUGGAGGGUUGGCUUCGAUGACGAUGGCCAGAUUCUAGGCAGCGUCGGGGAUGAGGGCAAGCUGAUGUGCUACCGACAGCUACCUGAUGGCUCGUGGGCCAAGAGUUCCGAACUGGGAAUGAUGAAAACUAGGAUGGCUGCCCCGCCCGUCAGUCACAGUUAA